GCGGCGGGGCGCAGCUGUCAGCGCGGCCGAGCCCCGCCGCGGCGGGAGCCCCUCCUCCCGCGGCCGUGCGCCUUGCGCUCCCUGGCCGCGGGGGAGCCAUGGCGUCCAGCGAGGAGGACGGGGGCGGCAGCGGCGCGGCGGAGGAGAAGGAGCCCAGCAAGAAGAGGCGGCUGGGCGCCCUGGCCACGGCCUGGCUCAUCUUCUACAACGUCGCCAUGACCGCGGGGUGGCUGGUACUGGGUAUUGCCAUGGCGCGGUUUUAUAUGCAGAAAGGAACACACAAAGGCUUGUUCAGAAGUGUUCAGAGGACGCUGAAAUUUUUCCAGACAUUUGCUUUGCUUGAGGUAGUCCACUGUGCAGUUGGAAUAGUUCACACCUCUGUGCUUGUGACUGGGGUCCAAGUGAGUUCAAGAAUCUUCAUGGUGUGGUUCAUUGCACAUAGUAUAAGACAGAUCCAGAAUGAGGAGAGCGUUAUUCUUUUUCUGGUCGUAUGGACUGUGACAGAGAUUACUCGAUAUUCCUUCUACACAUUCAACCUGCUCAACCAUUUGCCACACUUCAUUAAAUGGGCCAGAUACAACUUUUUUAUCAUUUUGUAUCCUGUUGGAGUUGCAGGUGAACUGUUAACUAUAUAUGCUGCCUUACCAUAUGUGAAGAAAACAGGAAUAUAUUCACUGAGACUUCCCAACAAAUAUAAUGUUUCUUUUGACUACUAUUACUUCCUUAUUGCUGUCAUGUUCUCCUAUAUACCAUUAUUUCCACAACUCUACUUCCACAUGCUGCGGCAGAGAAGAAAGGUGCUUUAUGGAGAAGUAAUUGUAGAAAAGGACGAUUGAAUCCACUCCUCUAACUAUGGUGCUUUCAAUGGAAAAAUGAGGGUAAAACCCCAAAACUUCCUGUGAUUUUUCUGAGUCCAAGUUUUAAAACAUGGAACAAGAAUAAACAACUGUGCACAAAAUAAUAUGGAUUGUAUUAUUUUUGCAGUUUAACCUUGCUUAAGACUUACGUUUUCAUUCUUGGCUUCACCUUUGAUUUUUAACUUUGUUUCUUCAGACAAAGUCAUUUUCUUACUUUCAGUAGUUUGACAGAUAGCUUUAACAGACUGAAUAGCUGGCUGUUGUGCUUUUUAUUAUGAAAUCUGUAGCCUUCAUCAAAAAAGGGAGAGUUAGCAAAUUGUACUGA